CGUGUGUGUGUGGUUUGUGUGUGUGUGGUUUUUGCGGUAGAGCUGUCAUGUCGCUGCAGUUUACAGAUGUGGAGUUUCAGAGCGCGUGGAGGGAGCUGGAUGAGCCGCAGCUGGAGGGAGGAUGGGAGCUUUUCACCGAGACCAUGGGAGUGAAAAUCUACCGGCUUUAUGACAAGGAAACUGGGCUUUAUGAGUACAAAGUCUUUGGUGUGCUUAACACCUGCACCCCAGAGCUGUGCGCAGAUGUCUACAUGGACCUGAUGUAUCGGAAGAAAUGGGAUGGAUAUGUGAAAGAGCUCUAUGAGAAAGACUUCAGUGGACAGAAUGCGAUCUACUGGGAAGUGAUUUACCCAUUCCCUCUGUCAAACAGAGAUUAUGUGUACGUCAGGGAGCGCAGGGAUCUGGAGAUGGACGGCAGGAAGAUCUCGGUGAUCCUGGCCAGAAGUUCUCCAGAGACGACGUGCAAAGAGAAGAAAGGAGUCCUGCGAGUCAAAGACUACAAGCAGAGCGUCGCCAUGGAGAGCGAUGGAGCCGGUGGAACUAAAGUUUUCCUAAACUACUUCGACAACCCCGGGGGGAUGAUCCCUACCUGGCUGGUGAACUGGGCAGCUAAGACUGGAGUUCCAGGUUUCUUAACAAACAUGCAAAAGGCCUGCAGCAACUACAGCCAGUACUGCCAGGGGAAAUGAGCAGAGCUGACAGGACGCUGGAACAUGCACAAGGGCUUGAUUUAGUUUUCCUUGUCUUAUGUUUGGCAGGUAUUUUAAUGUUGAAUGAUUAAAUGUGACCUUUCUUUAUGGGGUAAAUGUGACACUGUGUGGGCUGCUACUCAUCCUUGUAGCAUGUUGUGGACUCUUGACUCAGGCAUGAUUUGCAUGACCGGCCAUCCGCACUAACAGGCUGGAGGGAAGAAAUCAAUUGUGUGUAUUGUCUUUUAUGUGCAAUCACUAGAAGCUCAAUAAUAAGGAGCUUUUCUUAAAAAAAAAAAAAAAAAUCCCUGAAGGGCAAGUGAGAAAAUUGAAACCACUAGCCUAUUCAGGCUGCUGUUUCAAGGCACGAUAUUUAGAUCCCUGUGAUGUUUUGCAUGACUGCGGAGCUUAGUUACUGCCUAUAAUGAUUUAAUUCCUCUGUUUUUACCUUUGCUUAAGGAAAAGGUAAAAACAAAUGCAUUGCAAGCUUUAUUAUUCUAAGAUUCCAAUUUGGAACAAGAAAAAAAGGUCAUGGACAAUUUGUUUAAUUACUGUUUUUCCUCUUUUUAACCGUGAAAGCAUGUCUUAGCAUGCCAUAAUGUUUUUUUUUAAAUAUUUAUUUUUUAUGUCAGGGAAAACAAAAACAAACUUUUUAUGCAGUUAAAAAAAGUUUAAGAGGAUUGUAAUCUGUUUUUUAAGGAACAAAAAGUUAACGCAAACCACUAACCUCCUACAAUAAUUUGUAAAACAAAAUGUUUCAAGAACAUUUUUUCACUUUUGAUGACAUCCAAAACAAUGAAAAAAAAAAAAUAGAUUAGCAGACUUUUUUUUAACCAUUUACCCCUCAGGGCUUCCGUAGGAGGGUUUUUUUUUAUGUGCAUAGGAUUUAAUCGUUUUACCUUGUUUGUAAUCUGUCUUCUGUACAUGUUAAAUGUUAUGGAUGCAAUAUAACUUGAUUUAUGUCUUUAACUUCACACUGGGAUUGUACCUUUUGUCCUCUUCAAUUCACUCAAGCCACGCCUUUAUUACGAGGAAGUGAACAUGACGAAUCUCUACUUCUAAAGGAAUGUUGCCUGUGAAGAUUGUUGGGUGUUUUUUUUUGUAUGCAGAGGACGUGUUUUUAUUCACUACGCUGGUUUAUUGUGUGUACAUGAAAGAUACAAUAUGUGAGAAAAUACUGUAGUGAUUUAGGCUUUACUUCAAUACCUCUGUAUUUCAGGUGGAUACAAUUUGAACUUUUCAUGAGAUCUAUUACUGUGUAAUACUGCUGAAAUGAAUAAAACUUUACUUUGAAAUUU